AAGGAAACAGGAAUUCUAGAUUACGAACUUAACUUAGAAUAUUAAUCCUGUGGGCGGAAAACAGUCCUAAUCUCAGUAAACAGUUCAUUUGUGUUUAGAGUUAUUAUUCUUAAGUGGUUUUUAGUUAAGGUUUGAUGAUGGGUUGGGGAGUUUCAGAGCAAGGGUGGAGGAAAGGACCGUGGACACCUGAAGAAGAUAAGUUGCUGACUGAAUAUGUUAACUUGCAUGGCGAGGGAAGAUGGAGUUCCGUCGCACGAUCUGCAGGACUGAACAGGAGCGGAAAGAGUUGCAGACUGAGAUGGGUGAAUUACUUGAGACCAGGACUCAUAAGAGGCCAUUUGACCCCUCAAGAAGAAGGCAUCAUUAUCGAACUUCACGCUUUGUGGGGUAACAAAUGGUCAACCAUAGCUCGAUACUUGCCAGGAAGAACAGACAACGAGAUCAAGAAUUACUGGAGAACUCAUUUCAAGAAAAAGGCCAAACCUUCUGAGAAGAAAGGCAAGAGAAGAAUGAUAACCAAAGCGAAAAAUCACCAGGAUGAGAAUGGCCAGGCAGACGGAUCGGAGAAGGUAAUAUCGCCUGAAUCGCAGUCGUCGGAAGUUAUAUCCGAUCCCGAGCAGAAUGGACUCCUGCAGCAAGCCAUACCACCUACAUAUCCUACAUCUCUGGAAAAUCCAACCAACUUGGCUUUACAGUACAAUGAAGCGCAGUCAUGGUCAGAUUUCAUCCCCAUGGAUGGUUUAUGGAGUUGGUUAUGGAACUUUGAUGAUCAACAAAAUGUUGGUUUUGGUGAACAAGCAUCGACUUAUGAUUGCAGCAAGUUAGCCAACCAAAAUCAAGCUCCUUUGGGUCCUUAUUUUUUUGAUUUCGAUAAAGGCGACAAUGGAGUGUACAUCGCCUAAACGGCGUCACAACGACUUCUCAUAUGUUGAUUUUUAUUACUCAAUUCUUAUUAAGAUAUCAAUAGCUAAUGAAUGAAUGUCACAUCAGUUGCUGUAUUAAAACGUUGCUAUGAAAUGGCCAUAUAUGGGCAAUAGAUUUCUUACGUACAUGACACUUGGACAUGCUAAUCAUCUUUGGGAUAAAUUGCUUUUCUCUAGAAGCUUAUGUACGUAGAAUAGGAAUAUUGUUCCUCCUAGUUUGACCGCUGUAGAAAAGUUGUACUCCUAAAA